GGCUGCUGCCCGCGGCGGCUCACCCCGAGGGGCGGGGGUAGCUCGGAGGAGAGCGAGGCCGGCGGUCAGCUCCGCGCCAGCUCGGUGACGAUGUCCCGCCAGGCUAAAGACGACUUCCUGCGGCACUACACAGUCUCGGAUCCGCGGACCCACCCCAAGGGUUACACCGAGUACAAAGUGACGGCUCAGUUCAUCUCAAAGAGGGACCCAGACGACAUCAAAGAGGUAGUGGUCUGGAAGCGGUAUAGCGACUUCCGAAAGCUGCAUGGAGACCUGGCCUAUACCCACCGCAACCUCUUCAGGCGCCUGGAGGAGUUCCCCGCCUUCCCCCGCGGCCAGGUGUUUGGCCGGUUUGAAGCCUCAGUGAUUGAGGAGCGGCGAAAGGGGGCUGAGGACUUGCUUCGCUUCACGGUGGACAUCCCUGCGCUCAACAACAGCCCCCAGCUCAAGGAGUUCUUCCGGGGUGGGGAGGUGACCAGGCCUUCUGAGGUGCCCAGGGACCUGCACAUCCUGCCACCCCCUCUCAUCCCCACACCGCCCUUGGAUGAUCUCCGGUUGCCCCAGCCGCUCCCUGCUGAGAGGAGGGGCCUUGAGGAGUUGGAGGUGCCAGCUGAGCCCCCGCCAUCCAGCCCUGCCCAGGAGGCCCUGGACCUGCUCUUUAACUGUGGGAGCACUGAGGAAGCAUCCAGUUCCCCUGCUCGAGGCCCCCUCACCGAGGCUGAGCUCGCCCUCUUUGACCCCUUCUCCAAGGAAGAAGCUGCGGGCUCCAGUCCUGUUCAUGUCGAUGAGCUGGCUGCGAUGGAGGCAGAGUCCGAGAGGCUGGACCAGGAGCCUUGGGAGCCAGGAGGGCAGGAGGAGGAAGAGGAGGGGGAUGCAGGGCCCGCGCCUGCCUAUCUAAGCCAUGCCACAGAGCUCAUCACCCAGGCUCUGCGUGAUGAGAAGGCCGGCGCCUACCCCGCAGCUCUGCAGGGCUACCGGGACGGGGUACACAUCCUGCUGGAGGGGGCACCCAGUGACCCAUCCCCUGCUCGCCGGGAGGGUGUUAAGAAGAAGGCAGCAGAGUACCUAAAGCGGGCAGAGGAAAUCCUACACCUGCACAUGACCCAACUCCCGCCCUGAGAGGAAGCGGACCCUCCCGGACUAGUGCCAGCCAGCACUGCCAGCCAUCCCUUCUCCUCUCCCCGGUGCCUGGCCCUGUCUCCUGGUCUUGUGAUUCCAGGGGCCAUUUCUGUAUGGAACUGGACCAAGAAUGAGAUAAAGAAUGCAUUCUCAGCCCUGACCACACCUGCCACCUUGGGGUCAGAGACUCACACUUGAUCUUGCCUUUUUAUGGUUGUUGGGGCAGCAGCAUCGGUCACUAAACUGCCCUCUCCUCACCUGGAACCUGGUUCUGCAGACAGGUCCGCAGCUAAAUCCAACCCACCGCCUUGGUUUGUAAGGCCCAUGAGCUAGGGUGGUUUUUACAUUUUUUGAUGGUAUAAUAAAACCAAAAGCAUAAUAUUCUGUGACAGGUGAAAAUUAUAUGCAGUUUAAAUAUUUAAAAAUAAAAUGUU